AUUUAUUUAUUUUUUGAUUCACCAUGUCUGAUAUUGUCCAAGAAGCAUGGAGAAAAUAUCUUAUUCAACUUCAAGCUCACCCUCUCAGAACCAAGGCAAUCACAGCCGGGUGUUUAGCUGGUUGCAGUGAUUUGAUAGCUCAAAAGAUUUCUGGGGUCAAAAGGCUUCAGUUGAGAAGAUUGCUUCUGAUCAUGCUUUAUGGGUUUGCAUAUUCAGGACCAUUUGGGCACUUCCUUCAUAAAGUGAUGGAUAUCAUCUUCAGGGGAAAGAAAGGCAAUAAAACUGUUGCAAAGAAGGUGUUGUUGGAACAAUUGACUUCUUCUCCUUGGAACAACUUCUUCUUCAUGAUGUAUUAUGGACUAGUGGUUGAAGGAAGGCCAUUGGGUUUAGUCAGAAGUAAAGUUAGAAAGGAUUACCCGAAUAUUCAAUUGACUGCAUGGAAGUUUUGGCCUAUAGUUGGCUGGAUAAACUACCAGUACAUGCCUCUGCAGUUCCGAGUUCUGUUCCACAGUUUUGUAGCCUCCUGCUGGGCCAUCUUCCUCAACCUGAAAGCAAGAUCCAGUGCAAUUAAGGCGGCGUAGCGAAAGGCUUCUCCUUAUGCAAAUCUCUCCUACCCAUCUCAAGAACUUUCUUGUUUGUUUGGAGGGAAAAUUCUCCCAUUGUUAAAGAUUUGGCUUGCAACACUUUUCUGUCGAGGUUUUCGACAUUGUCCAAUUCUAAACUAGGUUUGAUGUUGUGGUUGUUUUA